AUGCACGCUCUGGUUGCGGCCGUCAUGGCCGCCCUCGCUGGCACAGGCCAGGCUUCGUCCUUGUUUCCAUUUGAGACGAUACAGUUGUCGCGAGCUGACAUUGGAAACUUUUCGGCCCUCAACUUUGGCGACCUGCAUGCCACACAGCCCAACAACGACGCCCCCAGCUGCCGUGCGUGGCCGGGCAGUCAGGACUGGCCGAGCGACGCCGAAUGGAAGCAACUCAACGUCACGCUCGGCGGCGCGCUGCUGCGCCCCGAGCCCGUGGGCUCGGCGUGCUACCAAGGCGAGGCCUACAACGCCGGAACGUGCCGCUAUCUCGUCCAGCAGGCCGGGCGGACGCACUUCUGGAUCGACGACCCGUUGUCAGUCCUGACUCAGUGGCCGCAGGGCAACACGUGCCCGGCUGUGCUGAACGCCAAGGGCAACUGCACGCGUGGCGGCUCGCCCGAGUACGUGGUCAAGGCUGGCAGCGUCAAGGACGUCCAGGCCGCCGUCAACUUUGCGCGCAACAAGAACGUGCGGCUCGUCAUCAAAAACACCGGCCACGACUUUGGCGGGCGGUCGACGGGUGCGGGCUCGCUGAGCAUCUGGGUGCACAACCUGAAGAGCUUCGACUUCGUGCCCGAGUACGCGUCGGACGUGUACACGGGGAUGGCGGUGCGCGUCGGCGCGGGCGUCGAGAGCUGGGAGCUGUUCAACCACAUGGCCGACCACAACAUCACCGUGGUGUCGCCGGGCGGCAGCACGGUUGGCGCCGUCGGCGGCUGGCUGGCGUCGGGCGGCCACGGCAUCCUGACGUCCAAGUACGGGCUCGGCGCCGACCAGGCGCUCGCGCUCAACAUCGUCACGCCCGACGGGCAGUUCGCGACGGCCGACUCCAAGACAAACCGGGACCUGUUCUGGGCGCUGCGGGGCGGCGGUCCGAUCACCGUGGCAGGCACCUACGGCGUCGUGACCUCGGUGGUCCUGAAAGCGCACGCGCCAAUCAGCGUCACCAGCAUGCCCGUGACCUUCUCGGUCGGGCAGGGCACGUCGCAGCCGGCGUCGCCGUUCCCCGACUUCAACUUCACGUCGCCGCUCAACUUUACCGGCUUCAACUUUACCGGCUUCAACUUCACCUUCCCCAACAUCACCGGCUUCAACUUUACCUUCCCCAACAUCACUGGCGGAUUUAACGGCAGCUUCCCCGGGUUCGGCAGCCCGCCGGCGGCGCUCAGCAGCGUCGAGACGUUCUGGAAGGGCGUGAGCAUCACGUACCGCUUCAACCCGCGCGUGAUCGACGCCGGCGGGUACUGCUACAGCUACAUCUACCCUCUCGGCAACAACAGCUUCAGCUUCACGUCCUCGGCGUCAAUCCCGGGGCUCGACAACAGCGCCGUGACAACGCUCAUGCAGCCGCUGUACGACGAGCUCAACGCGGCCGGCAUCAAAGCCGCCAUGCCAACCCUCUCAACCUUCUCGUCGUUCCCGUACGCCGGCGGCUCGCCGUUCCGGCAGACGGGCGGCGGCGACAGCCCCGUCAACACGCGCUACCGGUCGCGGCUGUUCCCGCGGGCGAACUGGGCCGACGACGCGCUGUUCGCGUCGACGUUCGCGGCGAUCCGGCGCGCCGUGGACGUCGGCGGGUACACGUUCCACGGCAUCGCCUACGGGCCGACGCUGGCGGUGGCCGGUUCCCCGGGCGCCGACAGCGCGGUGAACCCGGCGUGGCGCUCUGCCGUGCUGCACGGCAGCCUGAUGCAGGUGCAGCCGGCGGCGCUGACGGCGGCGCAGGCGCGCGCGUUCGACGCCGAUGUCGAGGCCUACGUCGAUGCCUGGCGCGCGGUGACGCACGGGUCCGGCGCGUACAUGGCCGAGGGCGAUCCGGCGGAGCCCAACUGGCAGCAAAGCUUCUACGGCGCUGACAACUACCCCCGCCUGCUGGAAAUCAAGCGCCGCUACGACCCGUGGGGCAUCUUCUGGGCGCGCACUACCGUUGGUAGCGAGUCGUGGGACGUGCAGACGGUUGAUGGGUACCCGAACUCGCAGAAUGGGCGGCUGUGUCGGGUGUCGUCGGUGUAG